CCGGUCGUUCAUUCGCGCGUCAGUCGUCGGAGUGAAAGAUCGGUUAGAAAAUUUACGUGUCUUUGCUCCGUCACUCAAUAUUCAACACUAAUUCCACAGGAUACUUAUCCACCAGUAUUCCCAAAAAUAAUAAUAAUCAUAACCUAAAACCGUAAUCGGUAAAACAAAAAGUCGCGCUCAAAUGUUUGUUUUCACCAGCAACAGUGAUGUGUCUUAAAUAAAAAAUAUUUAAGUAUAGUUUGACUAUUAUCGCUUUCGUGAGGCCGAUUCGUGCCUCGCGGAAGUUGUGAAUCUAUACUAAUAAUAAUAAAUAGUUAAAUAAUUAUAAUAAUUAAUUUUAAAAAAUACAAUUUUAAUAAAGUGUGUGACUGUGAAGUUUUGAUGGAUAAAAAUCUUAGAAUUGUUUAUUGUUAAUUAUUAAUAAUAUAUUAUUAAUAAUAAUAAUUGUUGAUUUAUUGUUAACUAAAAAGUGAGGAACGAUGACUGUAGACGGACUAUUCGAAACAACCAGCAUCCCAGGGCAUCUCGCUCCCACGCCAGAAAGAUUAGAGCGGCUUCUUUCAAAACAGACUUUGGAGGAAUUGUACGAGGUUGAGGAACAACCUUUCGCACGGGGGAAGUACGCGACGGUGAGGCGAUGCAGGGAAAGAUCAAGUGGUCGUCAGUGGGCUGCUAAGUUUUUGAGAAAGAGACGACGUGCUCAAGAGCUCAGGGCGGAAGCACUCCAUGAAGUCGCAGUACUUGAUGCUGCUGCACAUUGUUCACAAUUAGUUUCACUUCAUCAAGUUUUUGAAACUAACACUGAGAUGGUUUUAGUUCUUGAAUUAGCGCCUGGUGGUGAAUUACAAAUGGUGUUAGACAAAGACGAGGUACCCGAAGAACGUCAAGUAGUCCGACUACUCCGUCAAAUCCUCGAAGGAAUAGCGUUUCUCCACUCUCUUAACGUCGCUCACCUCGACAUAAAGCCACAAAAUUUAGUCCUGACUGGAGAAUUUCCUGAUUGUGAUGUAAAACUCUGUGACUUUGGAAUUUCAAGAUACAUCAGUCAAGGUGCUGACAUCCGUGAAAUUUUGGGCACGCCCGAUUAUGUUGCUCCAGAAGUUCUAAACUACGAGCCAAUAAGCCUCGCAACAGAUAUGUGGUCCGUGGGAGUCCUUCUGUACGUUCUGUUGACAGGAUGCUCGCCAUUUGGCGGAGACACGAAGCAGGAAACGUUCUGUAACAUCAGUCGCUGCCGUCUAGACUUCCCGGAUGAUCUUUUUGAGGAUGUAUCCGAAGAAGCACGUGAUCUCAUGCGCAAACUUAUGGUCAAAGAUCCAAGCCAACGACUGACAGUAACAGAAUGCCUGCAGCACCCCUGGUUCAACCGAACAUCGCCAGAGUCUCCACUAUCAGCACCAUCCUCAUCAUCAUCAUCUUCAUCAUCCUCCAUAUCAUCUCACCAAGAAGAGCCUGAAUCUCUCCCUCCAGCGGAGCUUCCAGAGCGAACAUCAACUCCGGAGCCGAGCGUGGACGAACCAGAGUCGAAGUCCAAGUCCUCUUCAUCAAAAAUCUCGCUGACCGAAAAGAUCACCAAGCACGAAAAAAUUUACCCUGAAAUGACGGCGAUCAGAAUCGGACUGAGCCCAGACCGCCGCGACACCUUCAAAAAAAACAUGGACUCGCUGGCCCAAAAAUUCUCCGGAGAAAUCGUGAUAAUAGAAUCAAACUCCUCGUCGCAGAGACGGGCGAUUGGGAAUCACACGAUGCCUGCUGGAGACGUCUUCAAGUGCACUCCAGUCUUUAUCCUCGGCGAGGAGCAACAAUGUGACAGCGGAAGCGACACAGUCUCCGAAAUUUCUACCGACAGCUCCAGCGACCGGUCCAGCAUCUACUCCGACGACUCUCUGGACUUUAUUCUGUAUGGAAAGAGCCAGCUGCAAGGUCGCGCGAGUUUUCCUUUUACUGGAAGCGAGUCUGACCGCUGGGACCGGCAUCACACCAGAGUUUGGCCCAGAGAGUGCAAUGGAGUCGUCAGCAAAGCUCUCAGUCGCUUUACAACUGAUCCAGCUUCUACGGGGUCGAAAACCUCCAGGGUAGUUCCGCCCUCCAGUCGCGCUAAAACUGGUCUAGAAGCUCUCAGAGAACGUGGUGGCAAUCUUGUUGUCAUCCGGGAACCUGUUCGCGCUGGAAGGUACACCAGGUACAGCGAAGUUCAGUGCGAAUCUGUCCAGGCACGCAUCAGGCGCUUCCAAGUUCAAGGCGGAUCUUAAGUUUAGUUUACAAGUUAUGUUUUGUAAAUAAUUGAGGGGUCAUUUAUUGGAUGUAGUUAUUUUGUAAAUAAUUUAUGGAUGUGGAAAAUUUCUGCUGGUCGAGAAAUAUUUUGGAGACGUGUAAAUAUUUAUAUUAAAUUUGGGUGAUUCGGGAGGCGUGAAUGUAGAGAGAAAGACUAUUAUUAUUCUUAUUAUCGAAAUUAAUAUUUAUCAGCCAAUGAAGGAUUUUAUUUUGAAUUUUAUUUGCGAGGUGAAGUUUAUUGUAUUGUAGAUGCUAUAAGGGCGUUUAUUGGUAGAAGAUGAAGAUGAUAAGG